UUUUAAAUAGGCUAAUAUGAUUAAGUUAUUUUUAUCCGUUCUGUAGAGAGCCUGACAUAACUGUAUUUAUUAGUUAUGCACUCCCGUGUUCUGACUCUGGGUAUACUUUACGGUAAUUUGUAAUUCUACUAUUACUAGUAUUCAUAAUGCUCUGUAUUACCGUAGCAGUAGUGCCGUAGUUAAAUACUGGUAUAAUAUAGUCGAUAUUAUUAUUAUGUAUGCCUUACUAUAAACUAUAAAUCUAAUAAGAUAAUAUAUUUUAUUUUGUUUCACUAUUCAGGAUCUUGGCUCAAUAAAAAUAUGUAAUGCCCAACAGUUAACAGUUCCUUUAACUUUAAAGAACUGAUGGUCAUUACAGUUACAGUACAGUACAGCAAUUAGCAAUCAUGAUUGAAUAAGCCAUCAAUGAAUACUAUGCUGGAAAUAUUGAUAUCAUGUAUUCAAGGGGAAAAUGUCUGAGUCAAUCAUCUUUAUCACCCAUCUUAGGUGUCCACUUUUGUAACUUCUCAAUUUAUGAAAUUUAUGUGUCAAACUAUGAAACUCUCACACUUGGGAGAUAGUAUAGACACUAAAGUGUGUUGAUUCAAACUAUCCAUUUUCAUCAUAAAGAAGACAACAUUAACUCCAUAUAUGAAAAGAUACUUUCCACUUGUGGUAGCUAUACUUUUGUUCUAAAAUGCCCAGAUAACUCAUUGCAAAAGUUGACUUUUCAAGUCUAAGUAAAUUGAAAAAUUGCUAUUGCUGUAAAUUUAAUAAAUACUAAUAAAUGUUUACAUGUAUACACCUUAAUUGCUUAAUUUUGUUCAUUUGUGAUGUAUCUCAAUGUUUUAUUUGAUAAUUUCAUGCUUGUUUUUAUAUUAAUCAACAAAACGCCGCAUUGCGAUAAUCAGGAAUUUUGAGUUUCAUUAAGUUUCAGGGAUUGAAAAAUUUGUAAAUGAAGUUUCAGGUUUCAAGAAAUUUUUAGAAAGGGAUUUCAGGGUUCACAGCUUUCAGUGAGUGGCACCCCUGAAAAAAGCCUUCCCGGUCGUCGGUGUAGCAAGUAGACGCCCUUCAUUUUUAAAGCCUGUAAUUAACGAAAAAUGCUAUUCUUACUGAACACAAAUAAAAAAUAAACUAUGUGUUAAAAAUUAAAUGAAGUUGAUAGAAAAUUUAGCCCCAAAAUAAUUGCCGCCCGGGGCGAACCGUCCCUUCCAACCCCCUCACCCUUGCCUAAGCCGGUGGUUUUUCAAUUUUAUUAUUUAGUAUAAAAUCUGCAUUGUAUGAAAUCAAACAUAAUUCUUUAGCAUAAGACAGACCCACUCUUGAAAUUUAAUUCCAAUAAGUAUACGUUUUAUGAAAUUUGUAUUAAAUAUAAUGUCUCUUUAAAUACAAUUUUUGCCACGUUUAAAUUUUAUUUUGCGACAUUCGUUAACAUUAAGAGAAAACAAAAUAAAGGCUGCUUCCUGUCGUUACUUAUUUAGUUUCUGUUCCUUGUUGUGCUAAUGCCUAAAACAAAUCGUUAAUGUCGACGUAAAGAAGUUAUAUUUUGAUAGUAAGCUGGUGUCGUUAAUUAUCUUCAGUUUGCCAGAAUAUGGCUUCGGACGUUAUAUUUGACGAGCAUGCUGUGGAUAAACUUGACCUAAACAGUGAUAUUUUUAUGACUGGUGGCUUAAUGAGUGAGUAUUUUUUAAUAAUUUUAAUUUGAUUUUAGCCUAAUAAAUAAAUUACUAAUUAUAAUACAAAUAAUUGAUAAUUAUUUAUUUCGGCUGAUUUAUUUAGGAGUAGGACGUAAUGUAGGCCUAACUAAAUACUAAAACAAAAGAGAUAGGUACUUUGACACACAUUUUAAAUAUUGUCCAAUAGCCACAAAUGAUACACCAUUUUAAAGGGCUCGCUAUAAGCUUUGCAAAAACACCAAUUUCAUCUUUCUAUCUUUUAUGGAAAAAAAGUUAUGAUUUUUUUGGUGAAUUUUUUAACCCCUUUAUUUAUCUUUGUAUUUAACGAAAAAACUUGUGACCAACUUUCCACAUUUCUGCUUUAUUUUGUCCACAACUUUUUUAUUUUAAAAGAUAAUGCUACCAAACUUUCAGGAGACAUUCUCAAUGCAAUAUACAACACAAUAAACAACAAAACUUUUAUAUAACAUCAAGACUUUUAUUUUUUUAUAUAUUUAAUCGAGGGUAUGUUCAGAAAAAAGUGAACAGAAAAAUUGGGAAAAUCAUUAUUUAUACAGGAAAAAUUGAAAAAAAUAACAUGUUUAUUGAAUUUUAACUAAUUUUAUUAUGCUUGUGUUAAAUUUUAAAUCAUUAUAUUUAUAAAAAGGUAAGUAGUCUUUUUUUAUAUAUAAAAUUGAACGCAUGUAAUUAUAUAUAACAAAUACUAAUAUCACCCAUAAAACUAAUUACAAGCAUACCCUUAUCGGAGUAUGUCAUUAAAUAUUUAAAAGGUAAUGGGGAUCUUCUGCCUGCCAUUUUCCGGGUAGAAUGCCCUAUAGUGACUUCUUUGUCUUGUUGAUGAAACCCACACAUUUUUCCUUCAUAAACUUUGUCGCCGCCAUCUGCAUCCAAACAUUCCGCCUUAUUGGAUAUGGGCCAUGGAAGGAAUUCCAAAGUUUGCAACAGAAAUGUAAAAUUUUCUCUUCCACCCAAAAGAAGCCUAACAUUAAAUACUAAUCAUAAUUCUGAAUCUAUACAAUUUUUAGUUUCUUUUUAAUAUUAUUCAAGUGAUGUUUUUAUUAAAUUUAUUUCCUUUUUUUGUUUUGUUUAUUUAAUUAGAAAUAUAUUAUUGUUGAUAUAAAUGUUAACAUUUUCUUAUGCCUCUGUCCUAGUUUGAUAUAAUUACUAUGAUGAUGUAGAGUCUUAUUUAUUUAUUUAUUUUAAUAAACUUGUUAUAGACUAAUUCAUAGGUUAUCUAAUUUUAAUUUUAAACAAGUCACAGUGACUCAGUGACGCAAUUUUCACAAAAAAUAAAUAUGUACGAAAAAAAAAAUAAUUAUGCAUUACCAUAUUUUAUUGGAAUUACAAUUGAUAAUAGUAUAUUUUUAAUAGUGGUAGCAACUGCUUUUAUUUUGUUAUUAUCAUUAAUUAUAAUUUAUAAAUACCACUAAUAACUAGCAUUAUAUAUUAUAGUAGUAGUAUUACUACUACUACAUAUAAUAAUUAUAUAAAUCAAGGGACAAAACAAGUCCGAAAUUCACCGGACUACACGAACUACAAUUAUUUAAAAUUAUUUAAUUUAUUAAGUUGUACUACUUUCUAAUAAUAUUGUAAAACAGUUUUCCCUUUAUUAACUAAUUAGUCUACCACGGAUUAUCAAAGAUGAACUAUAAUGAAUAAAUGAAAAUAUCUUUAAGUUAAAUUGGUAAUAACAACCAUUUCCGACAACCCACUUUUUUUUGUGAGGGGGGAUGACUCGGGUGACUACUAACAAUUUUAUUUUCUUACACCUUCCAGUUGGAUUGGCAUAACUUUUGUGCGUUUGAGCUAAUUUUAAUGAAGUAAAGUUAUUAAAAUGUGUGAAUGAAUGAAGCAGUAUUGGGCUAAACCACUAUGUGUUUGAGUUUUACAUUAAAAAGUAAUAAGCAAUUAACGUACAUACCGAUGAAAAAUUAAAUGCGUUACCGGUCACAAGAUUCUAAAUGCUGUAAAUAUGGUAUUCACAUGUUUGGAAAAAUAUGUGCUCCACGUCACCGAUAAUUUAAAUACUAUUAUUAGGAAACAGUGACGUACAACGCAAAAAAACGACACCCUCGCUAUGCCGUAUAGCUAUAUUGCAGCUCAAGUUUUUCCGUGAUUUUUCGACUGCGCAGAAGGGAUGCGCGUGCGUCUUUUGAAAUACCUAAAAGAGAUUCAGAAAAAAGGCGUAUAGCCUAUGCCUAUAAUAAUGCCAUUGACAUUUCAUUGAGGGGCAGUGAAUCAGGCUGAUCAGGCUUCUCUUCAAUGUAGUGUGUCUCUUCUUUUUACUUUUUAGUCAGGGCAGUCACUAUGUGUCCUUUUCUAAAUGUAAGUAAAUACUCUGGGCUAUGUGAGAAGGGGCAGUCGAAGGGGCAUUUGACCUGGGUGCCAACUCCAGUCAGGGCAUAAAAGAUAAAAUCAAUUGUAAGCUACUUCAGGAAGUAAAGUUAAAGAUAAGAAGUGCCAUAAAAGGAUGUUUUAAUGGUCCGCUCCCAAGGCCCCAUCUACACUUUUUUCUAUAUAUUGGAGCUGCAUUUUCCGCCUUCCUCGUGGGAGCCAUUUUCCUAGGCAUGGCCCUGUAUAUACUACUAACACUAACACUUAUAGCCAUUGCUGCCAUAGCCCAGAUUUUGCUUGUUGGGGGGGGGGACCAGGGUGUACUAGGUCAUUAUUAAACAAAUUUAUAGUUAAAUAUAGUUUUCAAAUUUUAUUUAUUACAUUUUUAGUCUACAAUGACUGUAUGCCUACUAGCUCAUCUUGUAUCUAGUAAGUUGUACGCUCUUUCAUUUUGUGUCAAGGGCUAAUAAUUAUUUGUACAUUGUGCAUGACUUGGAAAGCCAUGUCGCCAAAACAUAGGCCUAAAAAUUAUCAUGUAUAAAUUAAGAGCAGUGGAAUGUGAAGCCAACAUGAUGAUCUUGUUAUGAUUGCUGAUCAGCACUGCUGAUGUAAAGUCCAGGGAACAAUAGCUCUCAAUAGGUUUUAAAAAAUGUUUUAAAAUAUGUAAACUAUGCCUCCUUUUUGCUAUACUUUCUUGCCAAAGACAGAACGUUUUUGGGUAAAAAAAAUGUGAAAUCAUCUGGAAAAAAACUCAACAGAAACAAGAUAAGUGACAUGAUACAGAGCAAAUGUUGGUCAACAGCAAAACAUGUUUGUUUAAUAAUACAUUUUUGUUUUGCUGUAACUGUAAAAUAUCCUAUAUAGUUUCUUUGGCUUUACAAAAUUAUAUGCUAGCCUAAUGGACUAUUGUGGUCCAGGGGCUCUAUUAUGGUGAAAUAUUUUGCGUUUCAAUCUUGAUGUAGUGGAUUUGAGUUUGAUUAUUGUUUAUUAGCUAAGCUAUAAUCUAUUCAAAAUGUUUAAGAAAUAUGAAAUUAUGAUUUUAAAAAGUAACUCUCUGUUGUAUUCUACCAUAUAGGCCUAACCCUUAAAAUAUUAAAUGCAUGUACAAAUAUGAUUUUAAAAAAAAAAAUUUAUAAAAAAAAAAAAAAAAAAAAAAAAAAAAAAAAAAAAAAAAAAAAAAAAAAAAAAAGAAAAAAAAAAAAAAAAUAAAAAAAAAAAAAAUAAAAAAAAAAAAAAAAAAAAAAAAAAAAAAAAAAAGUCAUUCAGUAGAGUUGGAGUGGGGAAUCAAACCCAAUUAUUUCCAUCACAGAUCAGCGACAGUCUAUAAUUAAAAAAAAAAAAAAAAAAAAAAAAAAAAAAAAAAAAAAAAAAAAAAAAAAAAAAAAAAAAAAAAAAAAAAAGUCAUUCAGUAGAGUUGGAGUGGGGAAUCAAACCCAAUUAUUUCCAUCACAGAUCAGCGACAGUCUAUAAUAAUAAACAGGAUAACCUAUGGUAGCAAUGACUUCAUUCAACACUAGUAGUAAUUGGUUAUGGGCUGGAACUUUCAUUGCUUACAAAUACUAUUUGUGUUGAUUUAUUUUCAUACAUUUUUUUUAUAUAAAACAAAAUUACUAAAAGGUUCCCCACUCCAACACAAGCACUCAUUAUAAAUAUAAUAGUAACUAACACUCUCUAAGGAUAAAAGAUGGUUGCUUGAAGCGGAAAAGCUUUUUGUUAGGCUCCUGUCACGGUGUGCUUAAUAGAUAAAAUAUAAACAGUGAAGGAAAUUAUAAAUACCAAAAUAAUACUAAUUAUACAUUUUAUUUUGCUUUAUAAUGCAUCAAAGCUUAGUUUUACUAAAUGAUCAUAAGAGAGGAGAGACUGCAAAUAGGUUAGGUAGAAGGACAUAUGUGAAACAAGGUAUGGAAAACCUAAAAAAAGACUUAAUAAAACAACACACAUGUCAACAAGAGGCCUUCACAUCAACUGAAGGAGAAGACUUAAUAACAACUGAAGGAGAAGACUUCAUAUCAACUGAAGGAGAAGACUUCAUAUCAACUGAAGGAGAAGACUUCAUAUCAACUGAAGGAGAAGACUUCAUAUCAACUGAAGGAGAAGACUUCAUAUUAACUGAAGGAGAAGACUUCAUAUCAACUGAAGGAGAAACCUUAAAAUCAAGUGAAGGAGAAACCUUAAAAUCAACUGAAGGAGAAGCCUUAACCAACUGAAGGAGAAGCCUUCACCAAAUGAAGGAGAAGCCUUCACCAACUGAAGGAGAAGCCUUCACCAACUGAAGGAGAAGCCUUCACCAACUGAAGGAGAAGCCUUCACAUCAAUUGAAGUAGAAGCCUUCAUAUCAACUGAAGGAGAAGACUUCAUAUCAACUGAAGGAGAAGCCUUCUCAUCAACUGAAGGAGAUGCCUUCAUAUCAACUGAAGGAGAAGCCUUCAUAUCAAUUAAAGGAGAACAACUGAAGGAGAAGCCUUCAUAUCAGGAGAACAGCUGAAAGAGAAGCUUUCACAUGAACUGAAGGAGAAGCCUUUUUGCCGACAUGAUCGUUAUUUUGUUACGUCUUUUCACGCCCCUUUUUUCCAUACCUUGUUUCGUACAUUUCCCAGCUUUUCGUAAGUAUUAUUUGUGAAAGUAAAGGUGUCUUAUAAAAUUGUGUCGUUUUGAGAGGUACUAAUCACUGAAGUCAUUAACAUUAACAGUUUCAGAUGAGUUAAAUUAUAUCUAAAAUCUCUAAUUUAAAAAAAUGAGUGGAAAGCACCCAAUACGAUUUUAAGAAUUAUUUACUAAUUGUGUUGUAAGUUAUUUUUGCUGCUUGAUGUGAUGUAAUAGGAGCCUCUCAGGAUUAGCAGGGAUUAGAGGUGGGUGGGGUGGAGGAGUGCCUAGUUUGGGAGUAGAUUUAGGAUCUCGAAUCAAUAAGCCCCAUACACUUUUUUUUAAAAAAACACAUAAAUAUUAGAUUUCAAUAUUCUACCAUGACGGCCUUGUCCCCACGCGUCACUUCUUGCUGCUCCACGUGUCACAUCUUGCUACACGUGACCAACCGGCCGUAUACAAUUAUUAUUGUAUGUGGGGACUCAGUGCCUUGGUCUCGUGUCGUCGUGUGCAUUGAUCCAGGCCACAGAACAACGGUCUGGUAGAUAGGAGUUAUACAUUGUCUGUCUCUCCGUGGAUAAUAAUAGUAACGGAAAUGUUCAGCCUGGUCGGUGGUAGGUCUCUCAAGGUCUCUUUGUUGAUAGCGGUUUGUGUGUGUGUGUGUGUGUGUGUGUGUGCCCCAUUUCUUAAACAUCUUAAAGCGACUUUUCCUAUUUAACCGUUUUGUUCAUGGUCAUUUUUUCAAUAGUCAAGUCAUGGUACAAGGACAGCAACCUUGAGAUAGCUAAUGAUUUAGCUAAUAAAUAUGAUCGUAUUUGAUGGCAAUAAAGACACAGCAAGGCCUGUGUAAUGCGCACACACAUGCACACGCACGUCAAAUUUAACAUUAAAAAAAAUCCCAUUUAAAGUGACUUGUAUUUGUGUAAAUAUUUUUAAUAGAUAUGCGCCGAAUCGAUCUCUAGCCCCUACAUAGUCGCCAUUGCAUCUCGUAAUGUGAGAAGCAGUCGAUAUUUACAUAACUGGCUUCUUGAUUAAAGGAAGUGGCUGGUGAUGUUUCGUUUGUUUUUUUGUUUUUUUUGCGAGCAUUAUUUUUCCCACCCGUCCGAUCAAAUAUUAUCUGCAAGUUUUUUUGGUUUUUUUUUUGAGGUGAGAGAAAUAAAAGAGAAGCAGCAUUGUUAGUCGAGGAGCGCCAGUGGCGUAUCGAGGGUGUUUGGCGCCCGGGGACAAGAUCCAUUUUUAGCGCCCCUUUUUAUUUUUUUUCAACUCUCAAACCCAUUAUUUUCAUUAGUAAAAUAAUAUCAAAGCACAUUUUGGCGCCCCUAACUAGCUUGCGCCCGGGGUCAUCUCCCCCCCUGCCCCCACCACGCUACGUCUCUGAGGAGCGCUCUCAUAAGCUUUGUUAGAAAGAAGCUGUGUCCUUGCAGCAAGUUCUGAGUUCAAUGCACAGAAAGUGUGUGUGAGGCCGCUUGAAACCUAUACAAUCUUGAGUCGUUUAUGUUAACCGUUUAUGAUCCUUUACUGGUUACAUGCUAUUUUUGUGUGUGUGGGUGUGGGGAGACGACCUCCCACACACAGGGAAUAUUUUUAAAAGAACGAUUACGUUUACAUUUAUAAGUUUCUGCUGCCUACGCUCUUAACAAUAACUGCAAAAAGGAAUACAUAUAGUAUACAAUUUAAAUAUAAAACCUUGUAACAUAGCCGAGUGAUGAGACUAGGCUUUCACCGUUGACUUAAUAAAAUAGUAACAUCCACCCCCUUCCCCCACACAUUAAACAAAGAUUUUACACCAAAGACACUUCCCCACAUGUUCAGUGAAUACGAGAACAAAAGAAGGUGUUGUUAGACAUUACUCAGAACAAAUCUCUUUGUUCACGAAGAUCAGAUCGAUAUUAGCCUAUCACUUCAAUAGCAGUUUAUUGAUAACCAUCUUAAUAGAUGGACACCAAUCGAUCUCAUUACACUUAGUCAUCUAAAAUACGGACAUAGACCCAGUGUUUGAAGAAGAAAAAAAAAUGGAAGGGGGGGGGUAACAUUCAGUGGAGUAGCUAUAGAGAGUUUAUGACGCCCGGGGUCUUCCUUCAUUUUCCGCCCCUAAUAAGUGAAAAGGGUGGUGCAAAGUACACGUUUAAAUAAGCUAGGGAGUUGAUGAAGUGGACUGAAAUGCCGCUCCAAAAUAAGUUCCUCUGGGGGGUGGACAGUCUUCCUUACCCCCCGUGGAGACAGUGCAGGCCAGACACAAAGGGAAGCAGAACAAGACAUUCCAGGAUGAAGAGAGUUGAUCUCUCACACUACACGACACAAGCAGAUAUUCUUUCACACUACGUGACAUAAACUCAUCUCUCACAGCACAUGACACAAGCAGAUAUUCUUUCACACUACGUGUCAUAAACUCAUCUCUCACACUACAGGACAGUGGCAGUUUAUCCCUCACACUACAGGACAGAAACUGUUCGCACUUCACAAUACAGGGCAUGCACAGCUAAUCCCUCACAAUACAAGGUAAGAACAGUUCAUUCCUCGCAAUGCAAGACAGAAACAGUUAAUCUCUUAAAAUACAAGACAGAAACAGCUCAUCAUCCACAAUAUAGAACAUAAAUAAUUCAUCUCUCACAAUACUUGACACAAACAGUUCAUCAUCCACAAUGUAGGAAUGUCAACAGUUCAUUCCUUAUCACACAAGACUGAAACAGUUCAUCCCUCGAAUUACAUGACAGAAGCAGUUCAUCUCUCAAAAUAAAUCAAGGACAGAAACAGCUCAUCCCACACAAUAUAACUACAGAACAGAGACAGUUCAUCCCACACAAUAUAACUAUAGGACAGAAACAGACAGAAACAGUUCAUCCCUCGUGGUGUAGAACCGAAAGAGAGAAGGCGUGUUUGUUGUUGUUGAACUAAAUGACAACCAUAACUGAGUGAAAGGACCUGCAAUAAAACGUUAUGUUUAGUUAAAGUCUUAAAAUAUCUUGUACGGGCGUCUAUACGGGCCAUAAGUAACAUGACCUGUGAGAGAGACCCGAGUAGUUAAUGCGAGGAAAGAGAACCCGUGUCGUCCGAAAGUCGCCAUAAUGGUCUCCACCGAAAUGGCUCGUUGUUAAAACGGGAAACAAUUCGACUAGAACAGGAUACAUGUGAUCUUAUUCCCACCGGGGCACUUGAAACGUUGCCUUGCGAAACUUAGGAAACAGAAGAAAACAGCAACAACUAGUCUUUAUUCUCUUAAUUGAUUAGACGUGCCGGUAUCUUGCAUUGGACUUCUUAGCAACCCCUAGGCAUGUUAAGGUUUUGCCAACCAAUGAUCUUCGUAGCAACGUCCAGAAAUGCAAAGGAUUUCCCACCCAAUGAUCUUCAUAGGCACUUCUAGAAUUGCCAAGGAUUUCCCACCCAAUGAUCUUCAUAGGUACUUCUAGAAUUGCCAAGGAUUUCCCACCCAAUGAUCUUCAUACCCACUUCUAGAAAUGCAAAUGAUUUCCCACCCAAUGAUCUGCACAACCACUUCCAUAAAUGCAAAUGAUUUCUCACCCAAUGAUCUUUAUAACCAACAAAAAAGGGAGUACUAUUUGAAUGAAAGACUCAUCCUACCACUGCUACCAGCAGUUUGUCAGCGUGUGAGUUAAUGAGUGUGCAUGGGAUUGUUUAAAGCAACAAUUUAGUAGAUGAUGUAAGGGUGAAAUAGCGGAACAUGUUGAAGAUAACCAUCAGACAAAUCAUAACAGAAUGGCAUUACAAUUGUUUGGUGCUUGAAUUUUAUUUUAUUUUUCUUGAUGGCUAGUCCUUUUUGGAACUAAGGGGUGACGAGGACAGUUUGAGGACAACUGCAUCUGUUUAGCGCUACAAAGAAGACAUCCCCGCGCCCCCCCCCCCCCCAAAAAAAAAAAAAUGGGCGACACCUGUUAUGACUGAUCUAAACCGCUGAAGCCCUAAUAGAAAGAUGUUAUCCCUAUUAUGAACACAUGGUUGUUAACAGCCAUAACCCGUUAGCCUCAACUGCCGAGAUAAAACAUGGUGGAUUAAUGUGGUCAAUUUCAUAACAGCUUGAGCUGUCUGUAGCCAGGAUAGACUGGGGGAGGAAGGCCCGGAUGUGACAAAAUCCAUACAUUUAUCCCUUGUGAGUGUGGGGGGGAUCUCCGACUUGUGGACACAGCUCUUUGCCGAGCCCGUUAUAGUAUGACAUCGCGUCCGUUACUUUAACCGUCCGUUAUUUUUUAAAGUUCUUUAAAAAAACAACAACCGGAGACGGCGCCAACAGUGUUAGGCUGUUCCAUAAGAAGAAACACGUCUCGAUAUUCUCUAUGUUGGAAAUAACGUUUUUAUCCGGUAACGUGACAUGGUGUGACUUUAGCGUGCUCUAAGAAAAACGUAACUUGGUCAAUGGUUACGGCGGGCGGGCAUUUUGUUAGUGGACCAGACUGAUAGAUUAGUGGGAGUCGCUUUUUGUGGCGACUUUUUGUUAGAUCUUUUCUUUAUUAAAGUUAAAAAGUCGAGGUAAAAUGAAGUCGUUUCGUUUAUUUGUUCGAUUUCGCCUUUUGUGCUGGAAUCGUCGACCCAGCAGUGCUAGAAUGGAAAAUAAAAUAAUUCCCAAUUCAUUUCAACCGAAAUUUUGCGCAGUAUCUUUACUGGACAUGCUUCCUUCAUGUGACGACUUAACUUGACUCGUUUAGGUAAUGGGAAUAGCAUCUAAUGCGGCAUGUCCCAGCGUGGGGCCCAGGCCCCACAGGGGUGCAAUUUGAUUGCUUAGGGGGACAAUUCGAAAAUGAGCUGUCUCGAAGUUGAAAACCAACCGUCUACUAUGAUUUAACUUGUAUUUUAAAAGGAGAAGCGUUAAAGUCUCAAUUUAAAAUAAGCGUUCGUUAAAAGUGAAUUUCAGUUCUCCAUUAUAUGUUUGGAAAAUUUUCUUGCUAUGUUUUGUUUACAGCGUUGAAGUUGCAGUGCAUUUUGAUUUAACCGUUACUAAUCAGCAUUUGGGAUGAGUUCACAGUGUAACUAACUGAUUCUAAUCAGCAUUUGGGAUGAGUUCACAUUGUAACCGAUAUUAAAUCAGCAUUUGGGAUGAGUUCACAUUGUAACUAACUGAUUCUAAUCAGCAUUUGGGAUGAGUUCACAUUGUAACCGAUAUUAAUCAGCAGUUGGGAUGAGUUCACAUUGUAACUAACCGAUACUAAUCAGCAGUUGGGAUGAGUUCACAUUGUAACUAACUGAUACUAAUCAACAGUUUGGAUGAGUUCACAUUGUAACUAACUGAUACUAAUCAGCAGUUUGGAUGAGUUCACAUUGUAACUAACUGAUACUAAUCAGCAGUUUGGAUAAGUUUACGCUGUAACUUGUAACUAAACUUCUGGUUGAUGGUGGUUAUUAUAUGAAACGUAUCUUCAAGUGCUGGAAGAAAUGUCCGCUUGAGGCCGGCUAUAUAGAGAAUGUACACACAUUGCAACAGUUAUGAAGAUACUAUCAUUACUAUGGAGGACAUGGAAAACAUUGCCUGUGGGUCCUUAACAUUUCUCUGGGCUUUGUCUUGUGUCGUGGGGGUCUUGUCUAUUUUGGGAUCUUGUCAAUAUGGGUAUCUGUGGUAAAAGUCCGAGGGUAUUUGAGUUAAUUUUUGCUUGGGACGUAUCUGAUUUUAAAAAAAAAAAUAACUUAACUGUUGCUAGAUUUUUUCAAAUAUAAAUGGGUUUGAACUUUGCAUAUACACCAUAUAUAAGUAUGUGUGUCUGUAGCCAUUACAACAGUUAAAGAAACGGUUAUUCAAAACCACGUAUUCGCCGAUGAUUGCGGCCUAAAUACAGGCUUGGAUGUGAAGAUGCAGCACAUCCUUAAUCGUUUUGCUAAGGCCUGCAACAACUACGGCCUCUUCAAAAAAAAAAAAAAAGGUGGGGGAGAGAGAUCCUGCUCCAGGCAAAGCUUGAAAGAAACCCAACAGUAUAGGAUUAAAUAGGAUUAAGUUAAACAAUUGAUUCGCCAGGAUUUUCUAAUCAAGUACAAAUCUGGAGGGUUUAUUGCGAUACAGAUCCAUUCCCCAGAUGCCGCUUAUAAAAAAAAAAAAUCAAACAUCAAGAAAUCUCUACUGUGAUGCCUACAGUUCUAAUCCACCACUAUAUUGGAUAAGGCAUGUCCCUUAGUUGGCUUGACUGGCACGCGCAGGGUCAAACACCAACAGCCGAUGUCCGAUGUCCGGCGUGUGUUUUCCUGCUACCGUAUCGCGUGCUCGCUAGUUUUUCUACCAACAUUAACCUGCAUGUAGCCUGGCUACCAGACAUCUAUACCAUUUGCCCUGGGGGCUCUGAUACAAAGCUUUUACCACUCAACGGCUCAUCCAGCAGUUUGAGCAGGGGGUAACUUAGAUCUUCAUCAAGUGGAUCCAUUUUCCUUUGAUUAAUGGCCCGAUUAUAAUGGCCCGAUUAUAAUGGCCCGAUUAUAAUGGCCCGAUUAUAAUGGCCUGAUUAAGCUCAUCGGGGCAUUCCGUUUUGUUUUAUGUUUUAUGUCUUGUCGAGUGCAGUAGUUCAGUCUCGUGUAUUGAAAUUAGUAAAAUAUUUUAGCAUGUGAUGACAGUCCACUGCAGACGUUUCAUGUGUUAUUUUUUGUGUGUGUCUGUCUUCAGAUCCGAAGGAGCUGUACCUGACUGACCUUGUCUGUAGUAAAGAUGCCUCUUCUUCGUCUGACUCGGGUUUCUCAACACUGGACGACUUUCAGGACACGGAUCUCUCAAGCUGCUUUAUGGUAAAAAUCUACUUACAGUAACUACCAUCACAAUCUACGUAUACAGUCUGCAUAACAAUAACAAACUACCGUCACUACCUAAUAGCCCAAACCAACUGCACAACCAACCCACACAACAUACUUUUACAACCAAUUUAACCCACACAUUGGAUGUACAAUAAUUUCACUCAAAGUAUGUAUAGAGAGAAAUAUUUAAAAAAAUACAACGCUAACUCCACACCCUAAAUUCCCAAAAUAAGUUCUGCUAUGGUAAUCCAAAGGAUCAUUUAGUCGAAUCACAUGCAUUGUAUUGGGCAGCAUUGGGGGGGGGGGUGGAAGAGGGGAUCCGGUCGACGAGACUUUCAGCGUUUUUUUGGAUAGAAGAUUCAAAACUGAUUGCAGUCUAAUAAUAUAACUUACAGUCUUGGUCACACCCCCCCCUCCCCGCGCCUACCCGUUGUUUAAAUUUCCUAGAUCCUCCACAGCUUUCAGUUGUGACCAACAUAUCUCAGUAGCCGCCCAUAGUGUCUCAUUGACACACAUUGGAUCAGUGGUUCUCCACCUUCCUAAUGCCGCGACCCUUCAAUACAGUUCCUCAUGUUGUGGCGACCCCCAGCCACCCCUGGCAAAGGGUCGUGUGACUCCCAAAGGCGUUGCGACCCACAGGUUGAAAACCGCUGCAUUGGAUGGACUGCAUGUUCGGGGAUGUAUAGCGGGCUUAAAGUCUCCGUCCAUUAAAUAACUUGACGGGAGUCACAACGGACGUUGUAGAGUUGCUCUCGGACUCCAUGAAAAUAGGUUAAAAACGAACAGAACAAAUCUUAAAGAUCCGAUGACCUCGUGUAAUGUCUAUGAUCUUUGCAUAGCCUUUUAAAGUAAACUAGUAACGUCUUGCCCCGUGAUUCAAAUACCCCAAGUCUUAACGUCUUGCCCCGUGAUUCAAAUACCCCAAGUCUUAACGUCUUGCCCCGUGAUUCAAAUACCCCAAGUCUUAACGUCUUUCCCCGUGAUUCAAAUACCCCAAGUCUUAACGUUUUGCCCCGUGAUUCAAAUACCCCAAGUCUUAACGUCUUGCCCCUUGAUUCAAAUACCCCAAGUCUUAACGUCUUGCCCCGUGAUUCAAAUACCCCAAGUCUUAACGUCUUGCCCCGUGAUUCAAAUACCCCAAGUUAACGUCUUGCCCCUUGAUUCAAAUACCCCAAGUCUUAACGUCUUGCUCCGAGAUUCAAAUACCCCAAGUGUUAACGUCUUUCCCCGUGAUUCAAAUACCCCAAGUCUUAACGUUUUGCCCCGUGAUUCAAAUACCCCAAGUCUUAACGUCUUGCCCCUUGAUUCAAAUACCCGAAGUCUUAACGUCUUGCCCCGUGAUUCAAAUACCCCAAGUCUUCGUUUUUGUGUGUCUAUGACACCCGUACAGUGAUUAUUUCAGAAAUUCCCCCCCCCCCCCCCUGGGGGCACUUCAGAUUUUUCCGGGUGGGACGGGACAUUGCCAGCAGUGCCAGUUGAUUUAUUUUUGGACAUAUUUUUGCUCGGGGGGGGGCACUUGGCUUUCCCGGGAGGGGGGGCAGGGCGCCCCCCCCCCCGGGAGAUAUAGCUGAAAAGAAACCCUGCACUCGUAGCCUUGUAAUGUGCCCAUGUCAUCGGCCGUUGAUGUUACUAUAGGCACCCGGCUUUCACUGUUAUUGACCACCAACGCCACCACAAAGGCGAGAAUUGUUUGUUCUCAACCUGUCCACCAUCGAUUGUUGCAGCAAGCUUGGAAGUUUGUAAUGUAAUAACCGUACGGGGCGGUAAGAGAAGAUGGCCGCUGCUGGCCUGAGCGGCGGCGGGAUAAUUAAUUAAAGUAUUUGCAGAGAAAUGCUUGGCUUUUCUCGACAUCAUGUCACACAACUUCAAGAAACGAACAACAACAACAACAAAACAACAUUUAUCUCCCACUCCACCUCCCCCCACGUUGAGGCCUGUGGUGUGAGUUUUUUUAUAGGAAUACAACAUACAUAUACACAGAGGCGUAGCGAUGGGGGGGCAGGGGGAACAGAUUCCCCGGGCGCAAGCUAGUUAGGGGCGCCAAAAUGUUCUUUUAUAUUAUAUUAUUGGUAAAAAUAAUGGGUUUUAGAGUUGAAAAAAAGAAAAGGGGCGCUUAAAAAUGGAUCUUGUCCCCGGGCGCCAAACACUCUCGCUACGCCACUGCAUAUACAUUGGAGAGUGGGCUUAACUUGAGGGAGAUAGACGUACUGGAUUUUAUGCCAAUUCUGGGAGAAAGAGCAAAUGUGGGGGUGGGUGUUAAUAACGCCAGAUCGACUUUGGUUUUAGUUGGGAAUAAAGCCACACAUAGAAAUGUGUCCCCGAUCGUUGUCUGCAAUAACCGUUGUGCAAUAUGCGUUGCCGUAUCGUGCCUAUAGCGUGUUACAAAGACAAUAAGAUAGGGAGCCCGCAGUUAUGUUACCGACGUAACGAUUUCUUGCGGUGUUGUUGUCCGAGCUUACCGAUUCAAAUUGAUCAGUUGCUUGAGCUUCUGUCACGUCAGCAAGGAAAAAUUAAAGCUUUAUAUGAAAUAAUGGUUGAGCUCGCUGUCUUUUGAAUGUCCCUUCUCUUGACAACCUAUUUACCAGUACUGUCUUACGUUAGCUAAUGAUCGAUAACAUCGCUUCUGCUCUAUCUUUUCAACCAAUGGCAUCCGGCGAAAAUACCAUCUCACCGACAUGCUCGUUUUAGGAUCCCACCUCAGCCUACGACGUUUUAUCUCUCUCUCUCUAAAAUCCCACCUCAACCUACGACAUUAACCCAUCCCCCCCCCCCCCAAAAAAAAAACACCAAAAAAAAAAAAACAACAAAAAUAACAAACCUUCAACAGGCUCAUUUAAAAAAUCCCACCUCAAGCUACAAACUCUUUCUAAAAUCCCACCUCAAGCUACAAGCUCUUUCUAAAAUCCCACCUCAAGCUACAAACUCUUUCUAAAAUCCCACCUCAAGCUACAAGCUCUUUCUAAAAUCCCACCUCAAGCUACAAACUCUUUCUAAAAUCCCACCUCAAGCUACCAGCUCUUUCUAAAAUCCCACCUCAAGCUACAAUCUCUUUCUAAAACCCCACCUCAAGCGACAAGCUCUUUCUAAAAUCCCACCUCAAGCUACAAGCUCUUUCUAAAAUCCCACCUCAAGCUACAAUCUCUUUCUAUAAUCCCACCUCAAGCGACAAGCUCUUUCUAAAAUCUCACCUCAAGCUACAAGCUGUUUCUAAAAUCCCACCUCAAGCUACAAGCUGUUUCUAAAAUCCCACCUCAAGCGACACGCUCUUUCUAAAAUCACACCUCAAGCUACAAGCUCUUUCUAAAAUCUCACCUCAAGCUACCAGCUCUUUCUAAAAUCCCACCUCAAGCGACAAGCUCUUUCUAAAAUCUCACCUCUAGCUACAAGCUCUUUCUAAAAUCUCACCUCAAGCUACAAGCUCUUUCUAAAAUCCCACCUCAAGCUACAAGCUCUUUCUAAUAUCCCACCUCAAGCGACAAGCUCUUUCUAAAAUCCUACAUCAAGUGACAAGCUCUUUCUAAAAUCCUACAUCAAGCUACGAGCUCUUUCUAAAAUCCCACCUCAAGCAACAAGCUCUUUCUAAAAUCCCACCUCAAGCGACAAGCUCUUUCUAAAAUCCUACAUCACGCUACAAGCUCUCUCUAUAAUCCCACCUCAAGCUACAAACUCUUUCUAAAAUCCCACCUCAAGCUACAAACUCUUUCUAAAAUCCUACAUCAAGCUACAAGCUCUUUCUAAAAUCCCACCUCAAGCGACAAGCUCUUUCUAAAAUCCUACAUCAAGUGACAAGCUCUUUCUAAAAUCCCACCUCCAGCGACAAGCUCUUUCUAAAAUCCCACCUCAAGCUGCAAGCUCUUUCUAUAAUCCUACAUCAAGCUACGAGCUCUUUCUAAAAUCCCACCUCAAGCGACAAGCUCUUUCUAAAAUCCCACCUCAAGCUACAAGCUCUUUCUAAAAUCCUACAUCAAGCUACGAGCUCUUUCUAAAAUACCACCUCAAGCGACAAGCUCUUUCUAAAAUACCACCUCAAGCUACAAGCUCUUUCUAAAAUACUACAUCAAGUGACAAGCUCUUUCUAAAAUCCCACGUCAAGCGACAAGCUCUUUCUAAAAUCCCACCUCAAGCUACAAGCUCUUUCUAAAAUCUUACAUCAAGCUACGAGCUCUUUCUAAAAUCCCACCUCAAGCGACAAGCUCUUUCUAAAAUCCCACCUCAAGCUACAAGCUCUUUCUAAAAUCCUACAUCAAGCUACAAGCUCUUUCUAAAAUCCUACAUCAAACUACAAGCUCUUUCUAAAAUCCCACCUCAAGUGACAAGCUCUUUUUAAAAUCCCACCUCAAGCGACAAGCUCUUUCUAAAAUCCCACCUCAAGUGACAAGCUCUUUCUAAAAUCCCAACACCAGUUCACAAAAUCAUUCUCAAACUGCUGUUUUGUAAGAUGUAAGUAAAACAAAUGGUCGAUUGUCUCAUCUCUUAUCUUUGUGUUUGACGGGGAUGAAGCCAUGUGGCAGGCAUCCACAUGGAGGGGUCGUAUCCAUGGACCUGUGGGUCGCGACCCCUUUGGGGGUCGCGGGACCCUUUUCCAGGGGUCGCCUAAGACCAUCUGAAAACACAUAUCCUUGCAGCUAUGGACUAUCAACGAAAAUAAUUGUGUGGCUGGGGGUCGCCACGACAUGAGAAACUGUAUUAAAGGGUCGCGGCACUAGAAAGGUUGAGAACCACUGAUUUAGUAAUUCCUUGAUUUAUUUCGUCCUGACCGACGGGGCACAACGGCCGGGGAAAUGUUAAAUUGUAAUUUAGGGCCAAAGAGUCUGACCGCGGGAAAGGGUCAAGGACACACACCUUUUGUGUGUAUAUAUUAUUAUUGAUCGCCCUUCGCAUGCGAAUAUGACCGAGGAAAUAUUAGUCCUGGGUAGUAUAUGCCUUAACCGGAGCUCUGUUGUGUUAUAAAGUGAGGGAGGGUUGCUCAGGUCGUCAGCCUCACUCUCUCGUCCUUGCCCAUUUGAACCAAUGGCCGGACUCAGUCAAGACGACUGGAAAUAGACCAAGAUGCAGUAGAUGACCGCUUACGGGGCUUCAUCUCCGGGUUUGAUUUCAGAGUUUGCCUUCUCUUAGAUGAGUUGCCAUUCAAGGUUAACGGGUCCCAUCCCCACCCAUGCGUAUGAUAUGCACGUGAAGAAACGGCUCGUUCGAGUGUUCUGGCCGUGCUGACAACUGCGCGACCAGACCAGCUGUUGCCUCUGAUUACCAGAUCCCAUUUUAUGUGUUUGUUAGUUGUUAAGACCUCGGAGACAAUAAAUUGAUGUUGUCUGAAGUACAUUAAAUAGAUUCUAUUAAGAAAGUGGACUAGCUAGGGCUAUUGCCAUCCGGGUGGGUCAAUAUUUUUUAACACCCCCCACACACACACACACACAGACACACACUUUUGGGUAACGUACGAUUUUGUUCGAAUUUGUCCUAAAAUGCCACCCUUGAAUAGAAUUAAAUUUUGAAAAAAAAAAUGCCCAACCUUUUCGGUCGUAUGCGGAGCUCUACAACAUACCCAUACUGUUAAGGAUAAAAUGGAAGGUUCUUUGUUUAAUAUUCAUUCUAUGAUCAUCUGUGUAACUAUCGACAUAGUUUACCAAUAAAUGUCAUUUGAAGUAGGGGUGUGCCGGAUCCGUUUUUUCCAACCGGAUCCGGUACCGGAUUUUCUUAUGCGAAAUCCGCCGGAUCCGGAUACCGGUUUCUCCCGGAUUCCGGAUUUUGGUACUAUUGGUAGAUACUUCGGUAAGUCAAGGUGGACUACUACUUUUUGUGUAUGGGAAUUCGCAAUCGGCGCCAAAAAAUCCGAGUUUUUAAUUUUCCGAUGUGUGUGUCUAUUUAUUAUUAAAUUAGUACUUUCGAUAUAUAUUUGAGUUCCGUUCCAUUUGGAUAAGUGUCUUACGAGAGACGCCAUGUUUCUACGCGUUCGCAGCAGGUUAUGCAGCUCGCUCAACCUAAUUUCGCCAUGGGGUUGGCCACGCCCCCCUUUUUAAUGGCGGAAGUUGACGAUACUUAGGAAAUAUUAAUUUAUUAUCACUAUUUACAUCAAAAUAAUUGAUAACUUGUGUUUCAGAAUGCAUUUAAAGACAUUUAAACUGGAAUGUUUUAAUUUGAGCUUUAACAACCCGGUAGAAUCCAUAUUAUAAAUGAUCAGAAUUUACCGUGUGCAACACGUUGUCAUUGGCAACCAUUCACAGCCACUUGCAUAACUGUAUCGUAGUACUACCUCAGAGUUUCAUUCAUAAGAGUUUGCCGUGUGCAAAAACUAUUAAACCAUUGGUCAGGGAAAGCUUUAAUUAAUUAUUCAUGUGCCAAAGUUGAAAGUUUAAACUAAGUCUAAACAGUAUUUUAGUGAUAAGGCAGGGAAUGCGUUGCCUUAUAUAAACUAUAUAGUCAUUGCGCAUGACGGGAUUGGUGGAAUGAGAUCACAGAAUGUGGAGAUGCAGUCCAUGUUAAAAAAUGACAAACCAAGUCGUACUUUAAAAAUUCAUAACUUUAAAACUACAACAGCUAAAAAUAUGAUUUUGGUGUUAUAAUUCUUUAAAAAAUUACAUCUUUUCAACUAUGCCAUUGGUUUAUUUUUACAAAAAGUUUAAAUUUUCUUAUCAAAGUCCCUACACUAUUGGCCACUAUUAGCGGUGCUGACUCUAGCCUCUGGUAUGUACGGAAUAUUAAACAUUAAACAAGCUCAACGCUCGAAACAAUCGAUUAAUGUAUCGUGAUCGUGUGAAAUUCGGGAAAGAGAAUUACUUUUAUUUCAGAUUAUGAUCCGGUGAGUCACAAAAUCUGGCAAAUUCCGAAAUCCGGUAUAUUCCGGAUUCCGGAAUCCGGUUGUUCCGGAUACAUGUAAAUCCGGCGGAACCGGAUUUCACCGGAUAGUGCAAAAUCCGGCGGAACCGGAUUCCGGACCGGGGUCCGGCACACCCCUAAUUUGAAGGGAUAGAAUACUGUGUAGCUAUUGACCUAGUUAGUUCAGUUUACCAAUAAAUGUCAUUUGAAAGAUAGCGUACUGUGUAACAUAGUUUGAUGUAAAAGCCAGCCAUGGGGGGGGGGGGCAGGUCCCAAUAAUCCACCCAGUUUUUUUUUAAAAAUACGUUAAAAAUGCCUUUAAAAUUGUUUAAAGAAAUUUAAACUGCAUAAGAUAACGUUCAAAUUUUCCCUGGAGUUCCCGAGCAGUCUACCGGAUCAUGUCCCGAUAGCACGUGUAGGAUAUUGCCGUAGCAAGUCAAUAAUUGAUACGCAUAAGGUUAUGUUGACAGGCAAGCUGGCGCGGUUUGAAUGUCAUUGCACGGCGGGAGAUGUGCCGUGUGGUACUUGGAUUAAUGCGCUAGUCGCUGCGCUAAAAGGGGAUCAGACUUUCAAGGAUACUAGAGAUGGAAAUAAUAAAUCUAUAAUAAUAUACGAGUAUGACUUUUGGGGGUCAGAGGCAAGGUCAAGAAAGGGGCCCAUAGAUUUAUAUAUAUAUAUAUAUAUAUAUAUAUAAAUAUAUAUAUAUAUAUAUAUAUAUAUAUAUAUAUAUAUAUAUAUAUAUAGAAAGAGGUCCAUAUAUUUAUAUAUAUAUAUAUAUAUAUAUAUAUAUAAAUAUAUAUAUAUAUAUAUAUAUAUAUAAAUAUAAAUAUAUAUAUAUAUAACGGCAGUGCCUGGGGCAGUGAUUAGUUUACAUCUGGGGGCCCUUGAACCUUGGGGACAUGUUUUUUACCCAUACAAAACUCCCCUCCACCUGAAUGUCAAUUACGGGGAUUGCGUGUUUGCUCACUCAGCACCGGUACAAGAGUAGACGCAGGUGUGUCUCACCCCAAGGCACGCUUUGUACCGGUACAAGAGUAUAUAGACGCAGGUGUGUCCCACCCCAAGGCACGCUUUGUACCGGUACAAGAGUAGACGCAGGUGUGUCCCACCCCAAGGCACGCUUAGUAUCGGUAAAGUAGAAGUAGGUAUGUUCCACCCCAAGGUGUCUACACGACCAGGAUUGGUGUGUUAGUCCACGACACGACUUCCUUAUGGCUUUUAAAAAAAAAAACCCCUCACCUCAGGUCGCUGGUAACAUAUGUCGGCUGAUUAAGACAGUUUGAAAUCCUGAAGGAAAGGGUUCAAGUGUGUCCCCACGUGAAGACCUUAGUGAACCGUCUAAUCUAAACGCAAACUGGGACAAGGUAUGACCACAGAUGUCUCCCGAAUUUCGUCACGCCCGAGACGCGCGGCAGUGAUCCGGACUUGCAAAGCCGCCCCAGACCAGCCAGCGAUGAGCGGACCUUUCAAAAUGUGAACGUUGUGGGAAACGGUGGAUGGGGAAUGGGAUGGUGGCUUGGCGUUGCGGAUGUGGUUAGAGAAACACUCUAACGUUGGCUUCAGUUUUACAACGUUGGCUUCAGUUUUACAACGUUGGCUUCAGUUUUACAACGUUGGCUUCAGUUUUACAACGUUGGCUUCAGUUUUACAACGUUGGCUUCAGUUUUACAACGUUGGCUUCAGUUUUACAACGUUGGCUUCAGUUUUACAACGUUGGCUUCAGUUUUACAACGUUGGCUUCAGUUUUACAACGUUGGCUUCAGUUUUACAACGUUGGCUUCAGUUUUACAACGUUGGCUUCAGUUUUACAACGUUGGCUUCAGUUUUACAACGUUGGCUUCAGUUUUACAACGUUGGCUUCAGUUUUACAACGUUGGCUUCAGUUUUACAACGUUGGCUUCAGUUUUACAACGUUGGCUUCAGUUUUACAACGUUGGCUUCAGUUUUACAACGUUGGCUUCAGUUUUACAACGUUGGCUUCAGUUUUACAACGUUGGCUUCAGUUUUACAACGUUGGCUUCAGUUUUACAACGUUGGCUUCAGUUUUACAACGUUGGCUUCAGUUUUACAACGUUGGCUUCAGUUUUACAACGUUGGCUUCAGUUUUACAACGUUGGCUUCAGUUUUACAACGUUGGCUUCAGUUUUACAACGUUGGCUUCAGUUUUACAACGUUGGCUUCAGUUUUACAACGUUGGCUUCAGUUUUACAACGUUGGCUUCAGUUUUACAACGUUGGCUUCAGUUUUACAACGUUGGCUUCAGUUUUACAACGUUGGCUUCAGUUUUACAACGUUGGCUUCAGUUUUACAACGUUGGCUUCAGUUUUACAACGUUGGCUUCAGUUUUACAACGUUGGCUUCAGUUUUACAACGUUGGCUUCAGUUUUACAACGUUGGCUUCAGUUUUACAACGUUGGCUUCAGUUUUACAACGUUGGCUUCAGUUUUACAACGUUGGCUUCAGUUUUACAACGUUGGCUUCAGUUUUACAACGUUGGCUUCAGUUUUACAACGUUGGCUUCAGUUUUACAACGUUGGCUUCAGUUUUACAACGUUGGCUUCAGUUUUACAACGUUGGCUUCAGUUUUACAACGUUGGCUUCAGUUUUACAACGUUGGCUUCAGUUUUACAACGUUGGCUUCAGUUUUACAACGUUGGCUUCAGUUUUACAACGUUGGCUUCAGUUUUACAACGUUGGCUUCAGUUUUACAACAUUGGCUUCAGUUUUACAACAUUAGCGUGCCACCCACCCACCCACCCACCACCCAGGGGUAUUUUUAUCACAUUAGUUUUUGCCGGGAAAAAUAAAUAUUUCAACACACAAUUUAGCAUAUUUAAUUGACUUCAUUUUCCCAGUCAUCUACUUUUUCCAUUGGCCGUAGUAAGCUGGGGAAAGCUUUCCCAAAUUUCAUUUUAAACAAAAAAAGGAGUAAAUUUUUAUUUGCUUUUGGAGCUAGCCAAACUUAGUCCAAUCAGUAAGAGUUUUAUUUAAAUUUUGUUAUUUCUUUUAAUCCAAGUUGCCAUUGGGACAGAAGGGAUUCGGUUUCGUGUUCUUUUGUUUUCCCAGUCACCUUUGUGUCAGCUAUUGGUGCUAUUGUAAGUUCCCCCCCCCCCACCCGGCUUCACUAGGUUUAAAAAAUCAUGUUGGGAAGCUACAUUUUAAAGGAAAAAAAGGGUGGGGGGGGGGGAAAAUUUUUUGUUUUCAUCUAAAAAACCUGUACCUGUGUAUUGCGCAUGAUGGUAUUACCAUCGCAGAAAGCAAAGCGAAGUUAAAGCAUCCCGUGAAGUCAAGCCUUUAACAAAUCUUAAAAUGCCACAACCAUCCCCGUUUGGUGGAAGGGGGGGGUGCGUGGUGUACUAAAUGAGAACCCCUGAAUCGGGAACACUUCAAUUACCCAACAUUCGAAUACAUUCUGAAUAACACCUAUUGACUGCUUGUGACAUCGCCAAACUAAUUAAGCCUUCACUACAAAGGACUUAAAGGAAUUCACUAUCACCAAUGGCGCUAAAAGCCCUUAUAAGGAGGCUCUGGCCAGAUCAAGCCUUCCCUUCAGACCGUUUCCUUGUGGGGACCCCCGGUUGAUCCCUACAUCAUCAAUCCAUUAACCCACCGGUGAGGCCCCCCCACCCCCUUUGGUUGGUUUCUGUCUGUAAAGAACUAUAAAAAAUAUUGAUUAUUUAACUACAUGAACAUUUGUGACAAUGGCUUAAUUUUGUCUGGUUGUUAAAACAAUAAACUUCUGAGUUAAGAUUUUACAAGUCAUAAAAUUCCUCAGAUACCCAGAACGAUGUGGGUUUUAUGAUGUUUAGGUUUUUCAUAUAUGAAUGAUAAUCUUGCAACCCGGUUUUAAAUGUUGAAGUAUUUCCUCAAGUUAGUCCGUAUAUUGUCNAUUGGGACAGAAGGGAUUCGGUUUUGUGUUCUUCUGUUUUCCCAGUCCCCUUUGUGUCAGCUAUUGGUGCUAUUGUAAGUUCCCCCCCCCCCACCCGGCUUCACUAGGUUUAAAAAAUCAUGUUGGGAAGCUACAUUUUAAAGGAAAAAAAGUGUGGGGGGGGGGGAAAAUCUUUUGUUUUCAUCUAAAAAACCUGUACCUGUGUAUUGCGCAUGAUGGUAUUACCAUCGCAGAAAGCAAAGCGAAGUUAAAGCAUCCCGUGAAGUCAAGCCUUUAACAAAUCUUAAAAUGCCACAACCAUCCCCGUUUGGUGGAAGGGGGGGGUGCGUGGUGUACUAAAUGAGAACCCCUGAAUCGGGAACACUUCAAUUACCCAACAUUCGAAUACAUUCUGAAUAACACCUAUUGACUGCUUGUGACAUCGCCAAACUAAUUAAGCCUUCACUACAAAGGACUUAAAGGAAUUCACUAUCACCAAUGGCGCUAAAAGCCCUUAUAAGGAGGCUCUGGCCAGAUCAAGCCUUCCCUUCAGACCGUUUCCUUGUGGGGACCCCCGGUUGAUCCCUACAUCAUCAAUCCAUUAACCCACCGGUGAGGCCCCCCCACCCCCUUUGGUUGGUUUCUGUCUGUAAAGAACUAUAAAAAAUAUUGAUUAUUUAACUACAUGAACAUUUGUGACAAUGGCUUAAUUUUGUCUGGUUGUUAAAACAAUAAACUUCUGAGUUAAGAUUUUACAAGUCAUAAAAUUCCUCAGAUACCCAGAACGAUGUGGGUUUUAUGAUGUUUAGGUUUUUCAUAUAUGAAUGAUAAUCUUGCAACCCGGUUUUAAAUGUUGAAGUAUUUCCUCAAGUUAGUCCGUAUAUUGUCAAAGGUGGAUUGUCAACACUGACAGUUGGCUCAGCCGUGUAUUAUUGGAGGUAUUUAAACAUUGCAUUGUGGCUGGCAUCCUCACUGGACCUUUACAGACCACCCAUGUUUAGAGCCACAGACCUCCCAUGUUUAGAACCACAGACCUCCCAUGUUUAGAACCACAGACCUCCCAUGUUUAGAUUCAGAGAUCCCCAUGUUAAGAAUCAUAGACCCCAUGUUUAGAACACAUGUACCCCAUGUUUUUUAAACAUAGACCCCUUGUUUAGAACCACAGACGCCUGGUUGGGCAUAAAUAUACCAAUAAUUAUGAUGCAUCCUGACACUCGCUCCUGAUAAAUAUGUGUAAAACCCACAGGACAUACACAGUGGUUGUGUAACAGCUGGCUCAGUAUGUAUUGAUUUGGCCAGUAUAGGGAUCUAACAGUAUGUGAGGAGUUCACCAAUCAUGAAGGGUUGGAAAGACUUUUUAUAACUAAACUACAUCUCAUAACUUUAGGCAGUUUUUAAAAAUAUUUUACACUGUAGUUGAACUUUUCAGUUUUAAAUAUGGAAAUGUAUAACAAAAUAACUGAGAGAUUGUACAAAACAUAAAUCUUACUUCUCAUAUAACUGAGAGAUUGUACCAGACAUAACUCUUACUUCUCAUAUAACUGAGAGAUUGUACCAGACGUAACUCUUACUUCUCAUAUAACUGAGGGAUUGUACAAAACAUAAUUCUUACUUCUCAUAUAACUGAGAGAUUGUACCAGACAUAACUCUUACUUCUCAUAUAACUGAGAGAUUGUACCAGACGUAACUCUUACUUCUCAUAUAACUGAGAGAUUGUACAAAACAUAAUUCUUACUUCUCAUAUAACUGAGAGAUUGUACCAGACGUAACUCUUACUUCUCAUAUAACUGAGAGAUUGUACCAGACGUAACUCUUACUUCUCAUAUAACUGAGAGAUUGUACCAGACGUAACUCUUACUUCUCAUAUAACUGAGAGAUUGUACCAGACAUAAUUCUUACUUCUCUUAUAACUGAGAGAUUGUACAAAACAUAAUUCUUACUUCUCUUAUAACUGAGAGAUUGUACACAACUCCUAAUUCUACUUUCAACUCUAGCGAAAUGACUUUGAUUACAGGGAUGGGGGAUACAAGACAAUGAAAAAACCAACAACUAGACCAUGCUUAACUUGCUUCACUGGCAGUGAAUGAACUGGUGCACUAACAUACACUGGCAUUUGUUAUGAUCUAAACAACAGGCAUAUCAAUGAUGUUAGAAUAACUUUUAUCUUUUGAAACAAAACUUCACCAGUUGCCAUAUUUAUAAACAGCUACAUAUAUUUAAAAAAAAAACCAACAACUUCUGACUCCAAGAGUUAAGAUUCUGCUUUCAAUUCCUAUUAUAAGUUUUUGCCCCUUCAAGUUCCAUACUACAUUUGAGAUAUUCAUUGUUGCCAUGGAGCGACCAUUGGUUUUUGUGUGGGGGCCAUUUAUCUGAUAAUGUAACAGUGUGAGCCGCUGUGUGUAAAAAUAUUAUUCAAGUUAAAAUGACAUGGAUUCAAAAACAUAUCAUGUACCGGUAUCUCAUAAAUUUGUUUGGAUGGUUUUGCCUUUGUUUCAAGGAUUUCAUUGCAGCUUUGCAGCAGCUUUGAAUAUUACUGUAAGAUGGUUUCAUGCAUUGCUUAAAUGUCAAAACAUUGGAGUUGAACUUCUUGAUAUAGGACUUAACUUUUUUUCUGACUCAUGGAUCCUCAGUGACAUAGGAAAAAGUGGGGAUUUUUUUUUUUUGGGGGGGGGGGGAAAAAAAUUUUCCACCUGGGCGGGCCUUUUUCCUGAUAUGGAAGGGCAGAAUUUUUGGCAAACUGCAUAGUUUUUUUUAUUGUCUCAGUGACAUAGGAAAAAGUGGGGAUUUUUUUUUUUUGGGGGGGGGGGAAAUAAAUUUUCCACCUGGGCGGGCCUUUUUCCUGAUAUGGAAGGGCAGAAUUUUUGGCAAACUGCAUAGUUUUUUUUAUUGGCAAGGUGCCCUGGACUGCAUUAACCCUUGCUGUGCCACUGAUGACCCUGCUGGCUCAUACAUCAUUUUAUUUGCUGGUGUAUUAAAUUAAUUUUGUUUGUUUCUAUCAUAAUAGGAAGGAGAUUUCAAAGAACUGGACUUUGGUUUGGACUUCACACUGACCAAAUUAGACCAUGAUGAUGUGUUUGACCCAGGUAAGUGAUGGGAGGUACUAAGAGGAUAAAGUCUGCUUUCAGAGGGGGCUCAUGCAGUGGUUCUCAAUUUGGUCUCAGCAAAAAAAUGAGUUACUCUUGCUUAGUACUAAGUAGACAUAUAAAAAUAAUCUUCUGUUACAUGAAUGAGUGCUCCCCCUCUCUUUCUUACUUAUAAAGUUGCAAUAAUAAAAUCUCUGCCGACUAUUGAAUUUUAAGCACAAUGAUCUAUUAUGAGCAUUGCACUUCAGACUAAAAAUCAAGUACAGGAUGUGCCCAGUAUUUAGUUUGAAGGAAGUGAAGUAAUAUUCAUGUCUCUUAUGCUUUAUAAAACAUCACCAUAUUUUGGAAAUAGCAGUAGACAUGAAGAGAAGUAACAUCUAUAUCUCUGACUCUCUGUAUCUAAACCUUAUAUGUUGGAGAUAGCAGUAGAUGGAAAGAGAAGUAACAUCUAUAUCUCUGACACUCUGUAUCUAAACCUUAUAUGUUGGAGAUAGCAGUAGACAGGAUACUUUACCUCAACAAUUAUUUGUAUAGAAAUUUUAUAAAUAAUUAAAAUUGAGUCUGAUAAAUUCAGGCAGUCAAUUUCAAGCAAAAUGUUUUCCUUGCAUUAUUUUUUUUAUUUCAUGAGACUUUUUUCUGUAUUGAAUCUGGUCUGAAUAUGCAUUCGGUCCCUUUUAAGGCAACAGGCUGUCGGGUAUCUAGAACAAUGUCAUGGUGAUGGGAGCAGAGUAAAUGGUGGUGAGGAGUUUUGGGACAGACAAAGAUACACUUGAAUCGUAGAACCUUGAGAGUCCUAGCCAUGGACCUUCUCAGCCAUAUUCAAUAUUGAGACUGUGUCCGGCAUAAGGAAACACUGAGAUGUCAUUCUGCAGUUGAAGUCCGUCUCUCUCCCUCACUCUCUCUCCCCCCCCCCCCCCCCCCCCCCCCACACACACACAAUAGACAACAAGCCGAGGCUCAAAGUUUUGUCUUUAGGCAUUUUCAUUUUUACAUUUCAUAAAAUCAGAAGAAAUACACAGCUUGUAUUGUGUUUCAUUAAAAAAAUAAAUUACACAAAAUCUGAAAUGAAACUUGAGAACUCCAACAGCCAGGUUGAAUGGGGUUUCUCUUAAUGCCAUCAUCCAGUCCCCUUGAGGCUACUUAAAUACUUGUCACUUUUUGUCUUGAACAGAAAUCCUUGUAAAGAAAGAGCCAAAGUCUCCAUCACCAACACCAAGCAUCUCAUCAGGCUCAGACAGUUACUGUUCUCAGGUGAGUGGAUUAGAAUCCGUUAGGAGAUAUGAUCUCAGCUGUUCUCAGGUGAGUGGAUUAGAAUCCGUUUGGAGAUAUGAUCUCAGCUGUUCUCAGGUGAGUGGAUUAGAAUCCGUUUGGAGAUAUGAUCUCAGCUGUUCUCAGGUGAGUGGAUUAGAAUCUGUUAGGAGAUAUGAUCUUAGCUGUUCUCAGGUGAGUGGAUUAGAAUCUGUUAGGAGAUAUGAUCUUAGCUGUUCUCAGGUGAGUGGAUUAGAAUCCGUUAGGAGAUAUGAUCUUAGCUGUUCUCAGGUGAGCAUCUGAAUGUAUUUUUUUCUCAUUUGAGUAGGCUAGCAUCUGACUAUUAUUUUCUUAGGUGAGUGGGCAGACCAACUUAUUGUUAUUUCCUCAUGUGUGUGAGGCGGCAUCGAUUAAUGCUAAUUCUUGAAGUUGGGCUAUAUUAUAGCUUGAAAGUUCUGGAACUACUUUUUUUUAAAAGUUUUGUUGGCAAUAAGUUGCAUCAUAUUUCUUUUGGACGAGUCGUUCAAGAAUGGUUAUUCCAAAUCCAAAUCAGACGAUGCUUAUUCAACUGAUUAAUGAGGAAUUACUUCACAACAUUGUUCCCAACACUUACCAAAGUAGACUUAUGUCUUCUAGUUGGUGGCAAGCUGCUAUCUACAAAAACCUCUCUCUGUCUCUUUGUACCUGUCACUUGCACGUCCACUAAAACGUACGACCUGAAGCAGAAUGGCGCUAAUUGUCUGAAAGAAUGUCUGGCAACAGGCUGACCCACAGAGGCCAGUUAAUAUGUGGCAACAUUCUGGUUGUCAGGUAUUGAUAGGCGGCCUCACUUCCAUCUGUGGUUAAUGGCGAUUGCCCAACAUCAUUAGGUGCUGAGAGACACAGGGCAUGCUUUCAGAAAUGGAAGUGCUGAGGAAAGCAAAAAAUCUGGCAUACUGUAGUCAUGUGAGAGACAACCACCCCCCCCCCCCCCAAAAAAAAUUGCUUAAAGAAAUGGGUUUCAUUUUAAGGUUGGGAUUUCUUUAUCCUAUUUAAAAUAUGGAAUAUUUUUUAGUUUAAUGAGGGGUAUUUUGAAUGGUAAAAUGAGGGCUGUAAAAUUUAAAGGUUUUUGGGGGGGAAAGGGGGGGGGGAUAGUUGAAGAAAAUCAAUCAUCUUCUUUGUUGCUUUAUAAAUUUUUUUUUUUUUAAUUAUUAUUUUGAAAUAAUAACUCAUUCGUCCACAUCACUUCUUCGGCAACGCCGUUUCUUUAAUGUCAUGGGAUAUUUCAUUUUCCAGUUUUACUUUGUUGAGUCUUGUGUCCAUUAUGUGAGUCCUGGAACAGAAUGGUCAGAUUUGUCAAUGUGGACAGUUUCAGUACACAGCCAGAACAUCAGCUAGCAUCAUGAAAUCACCAUCACUACAUGUACGUUAAAAAUGAAAUGACUACAGUCUGGGCAGAAGUGUGCCCGAACCAUUUGUCAACUAUGAGAUAUUGUCAUUAGCAACAAUUUGAGCCGCAUUGUUUACUUUGGGUGUUUUAAAAAAAAAAAGGUCAAGAAACCGGUCAUCAUCAUCAUCAUGGGCAGCCAAUGAGUGUUCUAGCUGGCGUGCCACAACAACAACAUCACAAUGAACUACUCUGAGUGGGCCUGCUAUGUGGACUCUGUCUUCCACAGCGGCAUUGUAAAUAUACAGGAUUCUUUGAGAAAAUGUUUCACAACGGUUUUGUAAAUACUUUUUUUUUUGUUGUUGUCACAUUGUUGAAUUAGUCAGUCAUAUUUGACAGCUGAAUUAGUCAGUCAUAUUUGACAGCUGAUGCAUACCAUAAUUUUUUCUGCAGAUUUUUUAGCUACAGCUUCAUCAAUACAUUAAAAUUUGAUUGCCAGCUCAUGGGAAUACGGGUUUGACUUCACGGCAGAUUGCGUAUGCUGAUUAUGUUGUGUCACUAGUGUGCUGGGCUUUGUGCUUCAUUUAUGUUCAGUGGCAGGAUUUCACAUUCCUGAUUAAGUUAGCUAUAAAGUUGUGAGUUGUGUUUUUCGGCCAUCAUGACUUGUGAGUCUCAUCUGAGUCUCAUCUAUGUAAAAAUAGCCAGUGAGCGUCAAGCUAACGUUCUUAGGAUGAUUAUUUUGUGACUCUGUGACUUCGGUUAUCGUGUUGAUAGCUGUGUGUGCGGUCAGGUGCGGUCUGGAUUUACUGAUGUGCUCACUGUGUGCCCUUAGCAACAAUUAGAACUGUUUGCUUGCUGCCUGUGUUUAAGUUCAUCCUUGCUGUCCGUCUAUAAGUGCAUCCUUGCUGUUUGUCUACAAGGUCAUCCUCCUGUCUGUCUAUAAGUGCAUCCUUGCUGUCCGUCUAUAAGUGCAUCCUUGCUGUCUGUCCUGCCAACAAUCUUUUUGGUAACAUGAAUAAGCAGCUGUGAAGUUGACUGAGAGCUAAUGCAACAGUGCCAGCUUUAUUCUCUCUUCAACUCUCUUACUGCCAAACCAGGCAAGCUGUUUUAGUGCUUGAAAAAUUUACCAUUUCAAUUUAUUUUUUUUCAUCAGCAGCCUAUCCCCCCUGACAUCUUCAACUACCACAAUGACAGUAGUGUCAAAGACGAAGGCAGUCCCCUGGUCCUGCCAAGCUACAGUCACCAGAGUUUUGAUCAAGAUGACCAUUAUGUCUCAAGCCCUUCAUCGUUGUACUCACCGCAUCAGAACUAUGUCAUUGAGGCGUCCUCAUCACCAAGCCUGUCCCCGUCCUUCCCAUCUUCACCCUACCAGCCCCCGCAGUCGCCGCCGUUGUUACCUUACGUCCAUCAGUUGAAGCAAGAGAUAAGUAGCCCAUUCAGUGUGACCAGUUACCCCCAGCACCCCAUCUCCCCCCCAUCGUCGUCACAGCACAGGUACAUCGUCCUGCCCAACAUCCAAGUGCCACAAAUCAAGCGGGAGGCAACCCCCUCUGUGUCCAUCAUCACAUCUCAGCCAGGGCUUGUCGUACAGCAAGGGAACGAAUCCAAGCUGGCGACUUCUUUUAACAUCGACACAAUACUAAAUAGCAAAAUCAAGAUACAGCCUAAGCCAGGGUCAGAGGUCAUCAGCCCUCAAGGUAGAACUAGUUAUGUGGCUUUUCCUUCCAUGUUUUUUCAUAAAAUAAAAUGUAAACAUACAUUUGGGUGUGUCAUCAUAAAGCAAUAAAUAACCAUCAAGGAAAAAUAUAUUAACUCAAAUUGCUUAGCUUCGUACGUACCGGUACCGUAUAUACUCGUCUAUAAGUUGAGGGCAAUUUUUCGACCAACAAUUAUGAAGUAUGCUAUCCUUUAUAGAUUAGUCAAGGGUAAAAAUCGGGACUAUGAAAUUCUGUGUUUGUUAUAAUUUUAUCAGAUUUUACCUAACAGCAAAUCACUGUAUACUAAACUAUGGCCGGUGUUAUGAUUGACUCCAGAUUUAUCACACAAGAUGCUUGUAUCUAAAUCUCCAUGUGUGUGUGUACCCGGUAUCUGGGUCAACGUACCUCUACCGGUAAGUACACUAGCACUGCUGGUAACUCGACAUUGCCCUGCAAUCAAUGCACAAAAUUCUGUCGAAACUAGCACUGACCCAGGAUAAGUCUGCUGCAUUUUAAAUUGAAGGUUUACUACUAAAAUUUUCUUGACUUGUACACGAGUAUAUACAAAAAAUACAAUACAUUGAUUAAUGUAAUCUUUUGUGAAUUCUCGCCCUGUUAAGCUGAAUGUAUUUUUCCUACCCUAUGCUGGAUAAAUAUUUGACUUUUUUCUUCUUCAGAACAUAGUACUUGCAUGACAUCAUAUUAAUCAUAUAGCUUCAUCUGACCCUUACACUUUUUAUUUGAAUUGGUCCACCUUCAGUGUUUUUUUAAAAUUGCCUCUCUUUUCUACUUAUGAUGGAAUUAUUCAUUUUUUAAUGCCCAGGGUAAUAACUGCAGAUCACUCGGUCACAUUUUUUUUCUGUUUGUCUCUUGCAGCUGGUGUGAGUUGGAUCACUACAACAUCCAGUCAGGUGCCUUUCACUUCACAAUCCAUUCCCAUCAUCACGACAUCAUCCAUCAUAUCAGGGGGUGUGACAGCUGUUGCUGAUGUAAGUACUGGAUAUUGGAUUGGUGCUGCCAGCCCGGUGCUGUCCAGCCCGUGGCCCGCAACCUGAUUUUAAAUGUCCACCACCGCUUGAGAAAUUUUUUUGAUGUGUAUAAAAAAAAUAAAACAUUUUCGGGUGAAAAUAAUUUGAGACCACAUUCUUUGGAUCAGUAUUGUUGGGGAAUCCCGUGAGGGCACAGGAGAAGCCAUAACAUGGAAAGGGGGAAUUCACAAAAGAAAAGGAGUGGGAUGGCUUAACAGGCAGUAGUAAUUUAUGUUAAGCACAUGAGCAGAGCAACCAUUUGAGAACCUGGGUGACAUAAAAUCAGAUACUGCCUGCUCCUUCUUUCUGUUACUUGUACAGGGGAGGCCUCACAGGGUAUCGGGUAUAAUUACUGAUGGCAAUGAGUAAAAUUAAUACUGGAAACCAAAAGUUACUUGUGUAGCUAUUUGGUCAUCAUCAAAAAUGUACAUUCCCCACUAACGGGACCAAGUUAGAUGAAAUAGAAAGUCUUCAGGUCAGAGUAAUUCUGAUGGAAGAUGGGAUACUAAAGGUGUAACCAUUGAAUGACUAUGGUGGGCAUUGUGAACCAUUUAUGGUCAAUGUACCAUGUUCUUUAAACAGCAGGUCUAUUCUGUAGUAUUGUGAUGCUGGGGACAAGUACCUGGUAUUCAGAGAUCAGAGUAUGAGACGUUCAAUGGGCAGAAAGCAAGCUGUGUUUGUUUGUAGUCAGUUCAAUUCAGUCAGGGAGAAGUUGUGAGAGACAAUGGAACAAAUAAAUUCUGGAUGACAUCAUUUUUCUUCUGAGGAAUUUCCACAUCUUUGGAAAUGCUGUAACAAAAUUUUGACCAUGUUUAUGGAAGCACCCUACAUUAGUGAAGCUGUAAUGACAUCCAUCAAGUCCAAACAAAAGUUAUCCUUUGACUGGUAAAAAUUUAAAAAUCUAAUGAGGGCAUGUGGUACUGAUGACUACUUGGUACCUCAAAUUAAGAAAUUCGUCAUACAAUUCAAAGCAAAAUAGAUCAUUUAAAGGGCAUGCAGUUUAUAUUUGCUUUAUUUAUAUUCUUGAUGAGCCAAUAUUGCUCUUGGAUAUAUGACUCUUUUUGCAUAAGGCAAGACGUAUUAAUAACACAACAAAUUUUCUAAAAAAGUUUUUUAAAAAACUUACUUUUGAGAUGUCAUUUACGCUGACCUCAGGUUAUCGAAAAAUUCUUUAGACCUACAUAGUAAAAAAGGUUGGACACUACUGUGCUAGCUGAUUUCUGUGUAAGCUACAUGUCUGGUUUCCAACUUUGAUUAUAAAUAUGCAUGUUAUCUGGAUCUAGUUUGAUGUUAAGAACUAGAAGUGGACUAUAUUUCUUAAUUUCUAUAAAAAGACAUACCAUAUUAGGCACAUGGACUCAGUCCCAGAGAACAACAUGGCAUACAACACCUCCUGUCAUCUUUGGAUGGAUUUAUAUUUACUAACAGAUAAAGUUACCUUCAGCUGUCUAAAUGUUUAAAGGAAUCUAUCCAUCUUUGAACAUGGUGUCCCAGCAAUGAUUAAAAAUUAAAGGCUAGCUGUAUGCCAUUCAUAUAAAUGUUUUAGGGCAUCCCCUGCUUCUCCCAUCUAACACCCCCCGGAUAAAUUCAUGAGACUAGUAUAAAAUAUAUAAUAGUUAUAAUAAAAUUUUUCAAAGGCAUUUUUCCAUCACUCAACACGCGCCUACAAACCUGUUUUUCACAACUGGCUUUAACUUUAAGUACUAAGCAAGUAAAAUAUUAAUUAUUUAUUUUUGAAGAAUAUGGGCGCUCAUUUUUCUGUUUAAACACAUGUUUAAUAAGAAAAUAAGCUAAAACGUUCGAUUACCAACACCUCUAACUGAAUGUCCAAUUUGUAUUUUUAAGCAGGAGAAAACUUUAAAGCGAGCACAAAGAAUCAUUAAGAAUCGUGAAUCUGCAAGUUUAUCUAGGAAGCGAAAAAAGGAGGUAUAUAUGGCCUAAUUUACAUUCUAAGUUAAACUCUAUACAUUUUUGCCUUUUUGACAAUUGGGCGAUCUUUUUAUUUCAAUUUUAAAAAUAAUUUUUAUCAACAAAUUUACUUAUUUUAUCCUUUUUGCUUUAGUCUAUACGGUACUAGUUUUUAAAUUUCAACUUUAUUUUUGAAAUAUUCUUUUGCUUUUACUCAAAGAGACUGUUAUAAAUAUAAUAAUUGUUUUUUUCUUUUACCAGCAAAAUUUAAGGAUUAUUUUCCAUAUUUCAUUUUUGUACAGGUACUUAAGCAAAUAAAUUUACCUCCCACCAUGAGUCAGGCAAAUAUCAUCUAAACAAUUUAAUUUAGACCAUUAGGUUAUUGUUAUGUGAGCCAUUUUUUGUUCCAGUACUUAAACAGCCUUGAAGAGAGACUGCAGCAAUGUAGAGAUGAGAAUGAUCGCUUGAACAAAGAAAAUGAGACUCUCAGAAGACAAGUAGAAUACUUACAGAAGGAGGUAAAUCUUUAAAAAAUACUGUAUUAUCUCCAAAGUUAGAGUAGCACUGCUUAAAAAUAACAGAUGAUGAUAUCUUAAUUUAAUAUAUAGAUAUAACAAAAUAAGUACCGGUAGUUUGAGAAUUUGUGUCAUUUCAGCCCUCAAAUCACCAAAAUCUAACAUGAUCUGGCUAUGCAUUUAGGAAAACUGCUUUUUAUACAAAUAAUACCGCAGCCCUCUUAUUAUUUCUGCUCCACUGACAAUGUUAAAUGGCUAAUUAACAAUUUUUUUGAACAGAAUAUUUCUUUGAAGCACCCAGGUGGUUUAAGUCCAGUGAAGAAAAUUUGUCUCAUGUGUAUUGGCCUACUGCUUACUCUCAACCUGUCUCAGAUGAGGUAAGUGAAACAACUAAUCUUGUUCUCAACCAUUCUCUCAGAAUAAUCAAAACAGUGACCUCUGAAAUUGGCUUUACCUCCAGAGCUUAUUGAAUGGACAUGAUUAGAGCCUAAUUUAGCAGCCUGCUCUAAAAGACUUACAAAAUUAUGUGACAAUCUUGAAAUUACAAUACUCAGGGGAGAAUACUGAUGAUUCUUGAAAAACAAGAAGUGUACAGUUUUGUUUAAUCGUAAUGGUCUAAUCAUACACAGAAGAUCUUAACAACUUUAAUUAGUUGAUAAAAAGAUUAUUUCACAUUUUGUUUUGUUAAUGAUAAGCCUGCAGAUUGGUUUAUAUCAUAUAAGAAAUGAUGCAUCUUUUCUCCAACUCAUCACCAAUAAUGGCAAAGGUGACCUUUACUAUUAACCAGUGUCAGUAAGUAAUAAAAUAGGUUUAUUAAUUAAAAUAUCUAAUUCAGUGCUCCGCACCCUUUUUUUGGCUUAGUCACACCUAGACCCUUCCCAGAUUUCUGCGGCACACUACAAUUAAAACAUGGGAUUAAAAAACACGACUGAUUUUUGUUUAAAAGUGCUGCCAACAUUUUAGUUUAUAAUUUUGUACUGGUAUAGACAUGAAAUUAACAUGUCCAAUUAGAUCUGCUGCACACCGAUGCGCAGCAGCACACCGGUUGCGGAGCUCUGAUCUAAUUAUAAUUAUGGUUUUAGAUCAACAAGAGCUCUCCAUAAAGUUGUUACCCUUGAUCAGAUUUAAAAUAAAUACAUUGAGAAUUCAUGUUAAUGUGAAGUAAAGUAAAUCGAGAUCAUAGAGAUUUUUAAAUAUAAAAUUUAAAGACAAAAUUUAAAAAAAAUAAUAAUAAUGCAAACAUUUCACUGCAUGUAUUUUAUUGAAUUCUUCAGCUUCCUUAACAAGCAAAGCUCAAUAAACUCUCAACCCGGUUUGGGAAACGCCUAUUUAAGCCGCCACCUUAUGUCCAUCGAUGAUAAUGUUAACCAGCGGACCAAGAGUUUUGGUAAUGAUGGUGGAAGAAAUGAUAACUGGUCCCCAAGUCUUCUGAUGAGGUUUGAUGAAGAACUAAGCUUGAUAGCGGAGAAGCUCAACAUCACACAAAAACUGGGCAACAUGUGCCCUAUGUACUUCAACUCCACUGAAUCAGUCAGGUAUGUUUAUCUGAGUUGCUUUGCAAUCUCAGCAUCAGGUCAUCUCUGAUUUUAAAUCACAGCCUGGGGGCAUUGUAAAUAUAACCGACUUUAAACAAAUAGUUAGUAACUGAUUUACAAAUUUAUACUUAAAAAAAUGUUUUUGUGUUUUCAAAGGAACUGUUGAAGGGAAGAUGGAAGAGUGCAUCACAAAUUAUAAUGUCAUUGUUGAUCUUUGUGUUUUAGACUUGCUGAGCAACUUAGGGGAUGGAUGAUUAGUCAAGAGGAGGAGAAGAAGAAAAACAAGGAAAAGAAGCGCCAAAAGAAGAAAAAGGACUACCCACCAGUCAAACGAUUUGCAGCCACUGGUUCCUUCAGUGGCCCCACUGCUUCAAUUCCCAACAGUGAGGUGAAUGGACCAGCAGUCAAGGGAAGCAACUACCCCAUACAAGUGUUUAGUGGGGGAUAUGACUCAAGGCAGCAACUACUCAAUGCUAUUCAUAGAAGGAAUGAUACAUUUUAUGUACUCUCAUUCAGUACAGUAAGUGGAUUUAUAUAUUUAAUAAUACAUUUAUUUGAAUGUCAUUUCUUCUUGACUGCGGUUUUAAUGAAAUUCUUCUUAGAUGAAUGCUUAUGGUGGAGCAGUUGAAAUUGAAACAAAAACUAACAGUUCAAGGGGAGUUAAUAGGCAAUAACUGUGAAUUUGGAAUACUGUACUUGUGCACUGGUAUUAUAGUUUCUCUUAUUACAGUUAUGUUUCAUGAUGCCCGUUGUUUAGGUAUAAUCUAAACUGAAAUAUAAGGCAUUAAUAAAGAUUUCCCAUGUAAAGUCAAAAAUAAAAAAAUAUUUUGUGAGUUUAACUACAUAUUUCACUUUCACCUUGUCUGUUGGACUUUGCAGUGAAAAGUUAUAAGACUGGUCACAAUUCUGUUGCAUUAGACGAUAUGUUUAUGUGGUAGCCAACAUGCCAUUUUCAUUGAAGUAAUAAAUAUGGUUACUGGAACUGUGAUCCAAAUAAAUUUCGUUGAUGGAAAUUUGAUCAAACGGAAAUUUGAUCGAACGGAAAUUUGGUUGAAUCUUUUUUUCAGGUUCACACAUUAAAAUUUUCGUCAAAUUUCUUUUUGAACGCACUAUACUAUAUAGUAAAACAAAAUAAUGCCCUCAAAAAGAAAUUUGACGCAAAAUUUUAAUGUGUGAACCUGAAAAAAAGAUUCAACCAAAUUUCUGUACCGGUACGAUCAAAUUUUCCAUCGACGAAAUUUCUUUCGAUCAAAUUUCUGGAUAUAAGUAAAUACCGGUACUGGUACAUAUUUUCUGUUUAACCAUUUUUAGGAUUACUUCUUGGUGCCUGCUACAGCACAUAACAAGACCAUGAGGCCUCGGAUGUCUUUACUAAUGCCAGUUGUCACUCCUUCAAUUAACGGUAAUUAUAGAAAAUAAAUUACACUUUAUGCUUAACCUUGUCAUUUUGCAAAGAAAUAGUUUUGUUCUGAAUUCGAAGCAAUGCUAAUUAUAAUUUUUAAUUUGAUUGGCCUAUACUAGAGCCCUGGAAUUGGGUGUCCCCAUACCUUGAUGCUAGAUAGAGCUAGUGAGCAAUGGCGAUGUGAGCUGUGAAAGGGUGGGGCAAGAUAGAUGAGCCUAGAGAUUUACUUUAUGAAUAACACAGCCGUCACAUGACUUUGGAGACACCCUGCCACUUUUCAGUUUUGCACCCCCUGCAUUCAAAGUUGAUAGUUUAAAUUUGAUUCACAUCACAUUUUUGGGCCCAUCAAAAAUUUGAGUCUCUGCGCAGCCCCACAGAGUGCUGGGCCCAAUAGACGUCUCUGUAAUAAGAUUAGAUUGCCCUAUUUGUAUUAGUUUCAUUAAAGAACCAUUAUUUUAGUUUGAUCUCAAAUAAUAAAAAAAACAAUUUCAUGUCAAUACCAGUAAAUUACCAGUUAAUUUAUAUUUAAUUAUUUGAAAACUUGGUCAAUGAAUUAAUUAUUAGUACUAUGUCCUUUGUAAUGAUAACAGGAAGCACAGGCCAUGCCCAGGACAGUGUAGGAAUGAUGCAGAUUGACUGUGAAAUUCUGAACACCAACCUAAUACAAGUGCAGCGAUCUGCCUUUCCUGAAGAGAAUUCCUUCAAUGCGACAUCAUUUGAGAAAAGCAGGGACGCAGCAAAUACAGCCACACGUCAAAACAGUAACAUCCAUGCACGCAAGCAAGAAAAACAGGAAAAAUAUUGGGAGAAACUGAAAAAGUCAAGCAGAAGAUGAACAAGAGAAGCAUAAUUUUUUAGUUUAUUAAUUAUUAUUGUUAAUCAAUGUUGUUUAUUGAUUUCAGUGUCUAAUAUAUUAUACUUAUUUAUUUAUUUUUUAUGGUAGAAAGAGGUUGUAGAAAAAGACUUGAGUUGAAUUUGAAUGCAUUAAAGUUAAAGGUUUUCUCAUGACUUUGUAAUGUUUACUGUUUAGUAUGGUUACAGUAACACUUGCAGUGAAAUCAACAUUAUUAGUUACCGUAUUUAUUAAGAUAUGAAAUUGAAACAUAACACACUUGUGAAUAGACUCUCUUGUAAAGUCUUAUUAUAAUUUUUGUAAACAACUUGAAGUUGUUAUGGAAUAUAUUUAUAGUACCGUACCAUAUAGGCAUUGUCUCUAUAUUGUCAUGUAAAUAAUGUACAAGUACAAGUAACUAGAUGGGUUUAGGUAAUACCAUAAUCUAUUUUUACACAUUUUAUCAUGGUUCAGAAAAUUAUAUUUCUAUACUGUAUGUGAUAUUUGUCUAUUCAAUCAGUUAUACAAAUCUAAGGGCCGUAACAAAAUAUUCAAUAAAUUUUGUAAUCCUUUAGCAAAUGUUAAGCAUAGGGUAGUUUUUAAAAUUGCAUUAUAUAUCAAUAAAAAUACCAAUACUAGGGAAUUGGAAUAAAAAAAAAUUUCUCCCACUCUCUAAUCAUUUCAAAGUAAGUUGAAAUGAACCUCUUCUGUUAAUUUAGUACCGGUACUUAUUGUUCACUAAUUCUACUCAAAUAGUACCUUAUCUCAGCUAGUUCUGACAAAGCUGAAAAAUUACUCGGUCUCAUGCUUAACAGUGCUAAAGUGAACUAAUUGAGUAAUGUCAUUGUUCUGGUUGAUGCUAUCACUAUCACUGCCACUUACUGAUACUGUAGCCUAAAAAAAUCUUUAUUUUUAUCAUAAUUUGUUCUACUGUUAAAGGUUUCAUUUUAAAACCUGGUUUUUUUUUAAAAAUAUUUUGAUCUGUUACUUUAUCCAACCAAGAAAUGUUGUACAGUUUCAUAUUUUUUUUAUAUGUUAUGCUUCAAACCAUUUUAUUUUAUAUACUCUUGCUGUUGCAAGGAUAAAUCAUCAUAAUUACAAAAUGAACACACAAAAAAAUUUAAAACCUCAUAGAAAUCGUUAAUCCGAAUAAUAUUUUCAAGUUAUAUUAUUUAUUAUCUAUACCCAGUAUCAAAUUAAACGUAUGAUUGUCCUCAUGAUAGUUGAACAAAGAAUGGUGUGUUCAUGAUAGCCUUCAAAACUCAUUUUAAGACUAGGAAAAUAGGUGUACUGGCACCAUUGUAAAUUCUAAUUUGUCCCUUGAAAUGUUUGUUUAGAUAUUUUAAAACUUAGUUUCAUUUUGGUACUGCAGAGAAAUCAACAUGUUCAUACUUUCCAAUAAUUUGGAAACACCAAGAAACAUCAGUCACAGAAAGACUUAAUUUCUUUAAUAAUCGCUGUUGCUUUCAAAAAGUGAAAAAGGCAAUAAUACGGUACCGGUAUAAAUAAAGAUUUUACUGAAAUAAUGUUGCAAAUAUCUAUGUGUUGCAAGGCCUGAUAGGAUAAUAUGCCUUUAACUAAUGUGUAUAUAAAUGGUAAUGUCCUAUGUCCUCAAUAUUAGAUGUGAAUUUCAUUUUCAACAUCUUUGUGAUUUUAAUUUCUGUCUAUGUGAUUGAUGUUAUAUUUAUGGGGUGCAAUUUUAUUAUGUUCUAUUUAAUUUUAAUGAUUAAUUGUGAAAAUAUGGAAAGGGUGUGUGCAUAAUUUUUUUAAUGGGUACACGUGAUAAGGUGAAACAGGUCAUCUCAGGAUGUAUUGUAUGUGAUUGCUAUUAAUGCCAAAUAGAGUGUAAGUGCCCUUAUAAAUCAUGAGUACAAAAUAAAAAAUCGAGUAAAAAGCAGAAGGGUCUCUCCCCACCCCCAGUUGUUGGCCAUUAUAGUGAAAAUUAUGCCAUUUUAUUGGAUUAUUAGAAAUAUUAAUUAGUGAAAAAAUCCAAGUAUUGCUCCACCAGCACAAAGACUCAUGUUCAAUGCAUCAUUCUAUGCUUAUAAUUAUAACAUUUUGAAGAUUAUCUUCUUUUUCUUAAAAUUUAUGUGUUUAAAAAUAAACUAUUUUACAAUUAACAUAUGUAUCCCUUUAAUUUUAACUUGCA